AUGGAUGACAAAACAUGUGACUUACUUAACGAAUUUGAUGAAUAUUUUAACAAUGAAGGUGUCAAUGAAAGAAAAUUUAAUAAAUUCAAGGAAUGUCAUUCUUAUUGUCCUUAUCAAAAUACUUCAAAAAAAAAUAUUUGCACAAAUAAUUAUGAAAGAAUUAACGCUUUGGGAUCAUAUUUAUUUACCAGAAUUAUGGAAAUUGAUAAAGCUUUUAAAGGAUUAACUGGUGACAAACGGCAUAUUGAAGUUUUUAUGAUAUGGUUGGGAGAUAAAUUAUUUAGGAUAGAUAAAGAUUAUAAAGCAACUCUGGAAGAAUAUUAUAAAAAUAAUUUAGAAAACAUUAUGGGAAAUGCUAAUUAUUGGGAAGCUAUUAGUAAAAAACUUUAUAAGAAUGCUACUAUUAAGAAAAUGAGCGAUUAUUAUAGAUUACUUAAUUAUAUAUGUAAACUAAUAACUGAAUAUAACAAAAAUCCUCUAAAGCCUAAUAAAAGUCGUAUUGGAACUUAUUCCAUCCAAUGUAAUAACAAUUAUAAAGCUAUUCAUAAUUCUAUUAACGAAUGUAAACCAUAUCUACAAUUAUUGGAUAGUUUAAAAAUGAUAUAUGAAAAUUUUAAAUUGUUCAAUAUGAAUAUUAAUAGUAAACUUAAAGGUAAAGAAAAGGAUUUAUUACUUAAUCGUGUUCAACCUCUUACAACGUUUAAAGGCGUAAAUCGAUAUUUUGUAACUGUUACUGCAAACAUUAGCUUUGAUGAUAAAGAGUGUAAAGACGUGAAAUUAGAGGAUGAGAAAAUUGGAGAAAGAAUUGUAUCACAAAAACCACAGGGUAAGCUGCAAGACGCUAGAAGACAUAAUAAACCCAACACUGAACCACAAACCCAAUCUUCCUCAAGUACACUACAAGGAAAACCAAAACCUUCAAAACCAAAAACACCAUUAUCAAUGUUAAAAAUACCACCAAACUCACAACCAAACCCACAAGCACCAGGAUCAGCACAACAAACACGACCAAUAAAACCACAAGCAUCUCAACCACCAUCAACACUACAAAAGAAAGUACAACAACCAUCAACACCACAAAAGAAAGUGCAAUCAUCAUCAAAACCAACAGAAACCCCACCAACACCAUCAACAUCACCAGGAUUACCACCACCAGCAUCACCAGCAUCACCGCCAUCAGGAUCACUACUUUCACAAAACGGCCCCGAAUUAAAAAAACCUCAAACAGGAGGGACAAAUCAUUCAAAUGAUCCAAAGGAUUUAGGCAAUAGUAAAGGAAGUAAAAGCGGUGCACCCGAUGGUGGAUUGGGAAGUUCAAGCAAAACACAAGCAGGGUCAGAUAUAGGAACAGGAAGUCCAGGGGGUGAACCUGGAGGUGCAGCUGGUGGAAAAGGAGGUUCAAAUAGUAAUAUAGGAGUUAAAAACAGUGAAUCCGAUGUUUCAGGAGGCAGGACAAGCAGUGGAGCAAGUGGUGGAGCAGGUGGAGGUAAUGGAGGAGGUAGUACACAAGGUGAUCAAGGAAAACCAUCUGGUGGAACAGGUAGUGUACAAGAUGGUCAAGGAAAAUCACCUGGUGAAACAGGUGGUUAUGUAGAUAAAGUUAGUCAAACAAAAGAUCCCGGGGAUCCAUCACCUGGAAAUCCAGUACCUGCACAAUCAGCACCUGCGCCAUCUGGAACAGAUACAUCAUCAUCACCAGGCGCAUCACAACCAGCACCACAACCAGUACAACAACCAGUAUCACCACCAGACCCACAUAAAUCAGGUCCAUCACCACAACAAGGCCCCCCACAACCGCCACCACCAAUUUCACAAAAUGAUUCUUCAUCACAAAAAUCUCAAACAGGAGGUUCAGGUGGUGGAAAAGAAAAUCCUGGUGGUGGAUCAAGCGAUUCCGCAUCAAAUACAUCAGAAGGAUCUUUUAAUUUGGGAUUAUCAAUUUUUGAAUUCCUAUUAAAUGGAACGAAAAAAUUGAAUAAAGCUUCCGAAUUUAUUAAAGAUAAUCAGGAAAAGUUCAAAAAUGUUGCGGAGAAAAUCAGUGGUACAUAUAAUAAAGCCAAGGAUAAAUUAAAAACUACUUACGAUGAAUCUAAUAAAUAUUUAAAUCAGAUUAUUAAAGAUGUAUUUGACCAAUUUAAUAAAAACGAUACUCCCUCUAAAUCAAAUGAUAAACAACCUGACCCAGGCAGCCCAAUAGAUGGGGGAAAACAAUCUAAUCAGUCACCAUCAGCUCCACCAAUAAAUCCACCACCACAAACUCCAACAUUAAAUCUACCAUCACCAACUCCAACAAAAGAUCCCCCACCAAAUCAAGCAUCAAUUCCACCAAUAGAUCCAACAUCACAAAAACAAUCAUCUUCCCAACACAAACCUAUAACACAGGACCUUACACAAGUUAAUCAACCCAACCACCAAAAAAUUGGUCAACUGGUAAAAUCAAUAAGUUCUAACCAAAAUUUGAAAAAAACAUGGAAUAUAUUUCCAACUACAUGGAAUGGAUCAAAUGAUUGUAAACCUGAAAUAAAUUUUAUGAAUGCCACAUUAGUGUGCUGUACAUCUAAACAGUGCAGUUUAACUGGAAUUUCAGUUACACUUGUUUUAAUACCCAUUAUUUUAUUAAUUGCAUAUAAGUGCUUAUCAUUUGGAUCAUCAAAAAAAUCGGAAAAAAAAAACAUGAAGAAAGUUAUAAAUUUCCAUGAUGGAAACAGAAAGACAAAAAUAAUUAUAAGUUCAAAUGAUAAGAAAAAAAAACUAAAGCCGAUUAUAAAUUCAAUUGGUGGAAAAAGGAGCCCAUUAUUAAAUAUAUACAAACUUAUACAGGCCGAUUCAAUGCCAUUUAUUAAUUUAUUUUUUUUGUUGAUUUUUUUUGUUUAUAAAAGAAAAAGAGACACCAUAGAAUGA